GCUUGUUCAAGCUUCGAAAGUUCGAGACAUCGAGCUCGUGAAGGAGUUCAAUGUUGUUGGAGAUGGAGAGUAAUGGAGAUGGAGGCGGGAGAGGGAGGAGGCCUAGUAACUCAUAUCAGCAGCAGCAGAGAUUGGAGAGGCCACUGAGGAAGGUUCAGGUCGUCUACUACCUCAGCCGGAACGGCCAGUUGGAGCACCCCCACUUCAUUGAGCUUCCUUACCUCCAACUUCGCCUCAGAGAUGUGAUGGAAAGACUCACUCUUCUUCGAGGAGAAGCCAUGCCUUCUCACUUCUCAUGGUCUUGCAAGAGGAGCUCCAAGAAUGGAUACGUGUGGAAUGACUUUGCCGAGGACGACGUUAUUUACCCGACUGACGGCGUCGAGUACGUCCUCAAGGGCUCCGAGAUCAUCCCUGGUGCUUAUGAAAAUUUCCGCCACGUUCCUGUCGGCGGAAGGCGGCAAAAGCCACUCCCGGUCUCCGACAGGCCUCACUUGGAAUUGGAAGAGGAGGCGGCAUUGAUGGCGGCGGAAGAGGAGAUCACGAGGCACAGCAAGUGCUCCCGCGGCGUGUCGACGGAGGAGAUCGAGCGAGUCGGGGCUCGGACCGAGCUGCCGCUCGACGACUCGUUUUCUCCGCCGUCCACGACCUCCUCCGACAAGCCCGGCGGCGGGAACACCUGACAGCGGAUCGAGAAGGCUGACCACCAACCGUCCCUGGCUCGAGGCUCGGUGCUGCUGCAGAUCAUCGCCUGCGGGUCAGCAGCAAUGAAAGGAAGCAGGAUCGGCGGCGGAGUAGCCGUGAGACGGACGACGGUCGUGGAGACGGUCGUGGAAGAGGAGGAGGAGCUGAGCCGGCGCGCGCUGGAAAUCGCCCGGUUACGUCACCGCCUGGUGGAGGAAAAGGAGAGCCUCAGGAGGAGGAGCAUCGUCCAUCCUUCUCUCAAGAAAUCUUCCUCCUGCAACGAAGAAAGGUUACUCUACGAAUUUUCAGCAUUUAUUGCUCAAUAUGCGCUUACUCUUCUUCUGUGAGCAGGAGCUCAAAAGCUAGGUUUGAAGAAAGGAAGUUACAGGCGGAGGAAGGAGGAG